GUUAACACGCAAGACUAAAUCUGGCAGCUCCACUGCCAUAUCAUAUGGUCAUAUUACCAAUUGGCGUCAGAUAAAAGUAAUUUUAUAAACAAAAUGGAAUUCGAAUGGAUACCAGUGAAAAAGCGACCACGAAAACCGAGAAAAGUUGAAUCGGAAUGGACACCGUCAGACGUGAAAAUGUUGAUUCAAUUGGUUGAACAACGGGAACUCUUGUGGGAUUCAAGCAAAGCGAAUCACAAGGACAGUAAAAUGCGAGAGAAAUCAUUUCGAGUAAUCGCCGAGGCAUUAAAUCGUUCAUUAGCCGAUUGCAAGGCCAAAUGGGAUAAUCUCCGCGCACAGUACAGAGGCUAUCAGUCAAAAGCCAGCCAAAAUACAAGUAUCUCUAUCAAAUGGCAGUACUUCGAUUCCUUAGGGUUUCUAAAUAAAGUUUGCGAACCUCGUAGAUAUAAGGUGAACAUGGAUCACUCAAAUUCAGCUGCCUUUUCCCAAAAUAACAAUCAAUACAUUGAAGACUUUAACACCUGUUCCAGUUUUUUCUCGGCAUCAAGGCAAAGAGCCAAAAACGAAGAAGACGUUAAGGCGGUUCACUUUAAAGAAGAUACGAUGAUGGCCAACGCGAGGGCUGCCCAAGAACAAUUCAAUACUUCGGCACAAAUAUUUGGCGAUUUUGUGGCGGAUCAAAUGCGCGCACUAAGGCCACAUUUAGCUGACGAGCUAAAAAAGAAUAUCCUAAAAUUAGUCCUGGAGGCUUUAGAACAAAAUAAAAAUUAAACUAAAAAAUACGCGUAUCUUUAGGUCAAAUAUAUGUAAAUAGUUUUAAAAAGCAACG